AAAAUGUUUUUUUGGUUUUUUAUUUUAAUUUUUGGAUUUUAUUUUAUUUUUGAAUUAAUUAAACAAUUAAUUGAAUGGCUUUUCCCAAUGGAUUUACAAGGAAAGGCUGUAGUAGUAAUAGGCGCUACAACAGGUUUUGGGCAUCAAUUUGUAAUUAAAUGCGCUUCAAAGGGGAUGACGGUGUUUGCAGCUUGUAAUUCCCCUAAUGGUGUUCAAAAAGUAGUUCAAGCAACUUCCCACCUUUCUGGUUUCGUCCAUGCCCACUCCCUCGAUUUAUCCUCAACAGAUUCCGUUGAAAAAUUUUUUCGUCAAGUAAUAAAUCAAAUACCUCCUGGCACAGGAAUACAUGCUCUAGUAAAUAAUGCUGGAAUUAUAAGGGCUGGGGCAGAUGACUGGUUAGCUAUGGAAGAUUAUGAACAUGUUUUGAGAGUUAAUUUAUUGGGGCUGAUACAAAUAACUAAAUUAUUUAAAGAACAUAUUAAAUUGGCAAAGUUUGUUUUAAGUAUUUUUAAUGGAAAUUCUGAAAAAAAUAAUUUUUAA